AUGGAUGGAGGAAAUCAGUCUGUACUGUCUGAAUUUGUGCUUCUGGGACUUUGCCACAUUUGGAAUAUUCAGAUCUUACUCUUCAUAAUAUUCUGUAUGCUUUACCUGAUCAUUGUAUCUGGAAAUAUUGGCAUUGUGAUCUUAAUCAUCACUGAUUCCCAUCUCCAUUCUCCCAUGUACUUCUUUUUGGCCAACUUGUCCUUUGUUGAUAUGUGGCUCUCCUCAGUCACCACUCCUAAGAUGAUCACAGACUUUCUCAGGGAGAACAAGACCAUUUCCUUUGGAGGUUGCAUGUCCCAGAUCUUCUUUUCUCAUUUUAUUGCAGGGCUUGAGAUGGUGCUACUGGUAAUAAUGGCCUAUGACCGCUAUGUGGCAAUCUGUAAACCACUCCACUACUCCACUAUUAUGAGCCUGAAAAAUUGCAUUGGACUGGUAGUGAUUUCCUGGGCCCUUGGUCUUCUGCAUGCCAUGAGUCAAAUAGUUGUGACUGCACAACUCCCUUUUUGUGGUCCCAAGGAAAUAGACAGCUUCUUCUGUGAUACCCCCUUGGUAAUCAAACUUGCCUGCAUAGAUUCUUAUAAUGUGGAAAUUUUAAUGAAUGUUCACUGUGGGGUUGUGGCCAUAACCUGCUUUAUUCUAUUACUGACAUCCUACACAUAUAUUCUUCUCGCUGUCCACAAAAGCUCUAAAACUGGUGCAUCUAAGGCACUCUCUACCUGCACUGCCCACAUCACAGUGGUGGUGCUCUUCUUUUGGCCCUGCAUCUUCAUCUAUGUGUGGCCACUCAGCAACACAGGAGUGAACAAAUUUCUUGCUGUGUUUUACUCUGUUUUUACACCUCUCCUAAAUCCACUUGUUUAUACUCUGAGAAAUAAAGAGAUGAAAAACGCUAUGAAGAAGUUCAGAAACUACUAUGUUGAUUCCAAGGAAAAUAAUUAA